AUGAAAAGCGAACCUCCAGUGUUGGAAAGUGCUGCAGGGCCACAUACAGUAAUCAAUGGCAAAGAAGUUGUGAACUUUGCUUCAGCAAAUUAUCUUGGACUUUUAGGACAUGAGAAAUUACUUGAGUCCUGCACGUCUUCACUGGAGAAAUAUGGUGUUGGUUCUUGUGGUCCUCGUGGAUUUUAUGGAACAAUUGAUGUGCACCUUGAUUGCGAGGCCAGAAUAGCUAAAUUCUUGGGAACUCCUGAUUCUAUUCUAUAUUCUUAUGGCCUUUCCACCAUGUUCAGUGCCAUUCCAGCUUUUUCUCUUAGAAAUGUUUAG